GGGGGGGCGAGAGGAGUAAUACGAGCUUUAAUCAGAAGACGACAACAGGAAUAAUUUUUUUUUGGUAUUAUGAAAGGGUUUCUUUACCCGGCGCAGUCUGCACAGUACUCUUUUUUACGUAUUCGUCAUGGAAGAAGCUGAACUCCUAAACAAAUUCCAGUUCUCCCGAAUUCUUUCACAAGAUUCGCGUGCCAAAUGUGUUUACCUCUUGGGACGCAUACCAAACCAAGACCAGCCGGAAUUGGAGGAUGCCAUCCUGUACUUUGAGAAGCAUCACUUUUACGAGUCGGAAUUGCCCAUAUUAGCAUCCAGUAGGAUUACCGAACUUAUUGACACCGAAAGUAACGACAUUUACCACUGGACUAAAACCAAUCUGGUGAAAGAUUUAACGCGACCGGACGUGAAUAUUCGGAUCAUAUAUCCUGCCACUCAGGCGCAUAUUGACAAAUACUCCACCAGACCGUUCAUCAAUAUCCGGGAAACAAGUGACGAUUACCUUCAAAUAACUAAACCUUAUAUUGAAGAACAGCCUUUGAAAAGAGUUCAAUGGGUGUAUAACAUUCUGGAAGGCAAAGCUGAGGCCGAACGUGUGCUGCUGCGAGACGAUCAAGAUCCUAAUACUGGUUUCAUACUUCUGCCCGAUAUGAAAUGGGAUAUGAAAACAAUGAACGCGCUGUACCUGGUAGUAAUAGUACACAGGCGAGACCUCAAGUCUAUCCGCGAUUUGAAUGCUAGUCAUCUUCCGCUUUUGCGAAACAUUGCAGAAAAAGUUGAGCAAUUUGUGGAGAAGACAUACGAAAUCAAAAGUCAAAGUCUGAGGAUGUUCUUCCAUUACCAACCUAGCUACUACCAUCUGCACGUCCACGUUGUACAUACUGCUUAUACAUCUGCUCCUGGGAUCAUAGCUGGACAGGCUCACCUUCUGGAUCAAGUCAUUGACAACAUUGCUAUCAUUGACAACAAUUAUUAUCAGCGGGCAACGUUACCGUUUGUUUUAGCUGAAAAUCAUGAAAUUUGCAAGCGAUACAAAGAAGCCAAGGGAUAUUGAUCACCAAUCAUUAUCUGAUGACAAAAAGUAAUACUAGAGUAAUGUUGUCAAGAAGUAAUAAUAGAAUAAUGUAGGAUCGUAAUC